CUUUGCAAUACAAGGUAGAAGAUUGCAGUUAUAUAGAGUCCAUACCUAUUAUUAUAUCGGAAGUGAUUAAAUCGGUUGGAAUUGUAAACACUUGCUCUGUAAAUGGGACUUAAGAUGAACCUCUUCAGCAACAUUCUUCUGACGUCAACGUGAAACAUGUCUGCCCAACGAGACUUCACCGUGAACGAUGCACUAAGUGACGUCACGGUCGUUGUUGAGGGAACAAAACUAUACGUGCACCGACAGUACUUGGCGGAAUGGUCCGGAGUUUGGCGGAAACUGUUCGUCGCCGAGUGCCCUGAUGACGUGACGUCAUCGAUUGAAAUAAUCAUUGAAGACAAGAAGCUUGACGAAGUUUUGGAAUUAUUACACUGCAUUUAUUCUUCACAGAAACCCACAUCAGAUUCAAAUGUAGACAUACUUCUAGACUUCGCAGAAGAAUACGACAUGCCGAGUAUGCGCAAUCGAUGUGAGGACUACUUAUGUGCGCAAGAUGCCUCGAUUGAACAUCUAAUUGUGGCGGAAAAGUUUGAUCUAAAACACCUAUACAAACAGUGCGUAGAUUUUGCCAAAACUCGAACGCUUGAGGAUUUAGAGAAAGAUCCAUUGUGUAAAUGUGUAAGCGAAAAGACGCUAACGAGAAUAUACAAAGAGAAGGUUAAUAUGAUGCGGGAUUACGCAAAUGAUUUGAAACAGUCGGAGACUAAACUGACUCGUGCAAACGAACAAUUGCUUGAUGAAAAAGAAGGGAUGGCUGCAAUGUUGGGAAGUAUUGGUAAAAUAUGGGAAAUGCCGAACAAGCGUUGUUACAAACACAUGACAGAUGAUCGGUUUGAUUUCACUUGCAGGGAUUGUAAUGAGAAAAUUCAGCGCGAGGUUCGCCGAAUGUGUAGUGACGCCCAACAUGUGCGGAGGUUCUUUACGUUAAAUAAUAAAUAAACCAUUCACUUUGUUUCAUUGAUACAUUAAGUGAAAAAAUGCAAUAAAUA